AUGGCUCUGCUGGAUUCCCUUUUUUCUUUCCCUGCCUCUCUCGUCCUGCUGCUUUUCCUGCUGCUAUUCGCAUCCUCCUAUUUGCUGGCUCUCUUUCGAAAAUCAUCUUUAAAGUUGCCGCCAGGCCCUGUGCCGCUUCCCAUCAUCGGAAACCUGCACUUGCUCGAUUUUAAAAGGCAGGACAAGUCCUUGCUGAAGCUUGCGAAAAAAUACGGACCUGUCUUUACUUUCCACUUCGGGUUCAAGAAAGUGGUGGUGUUGACAGGCUACGAAGCAGUGAAAGAUGCUCUUGUGAACUUCACUGACGAAUUUGUGGACAGGCCUUCCAUACCUAUAUUUGAGCAAAUUCAGCAUGGAAAUGGGGUUUUCUUCUCCACCGGAGAGCUAUGGAGGACUACCCGAAGAUUUACGGUGUCCACCAUGCGCAACCUUGGGAUGGGGAAAAAACACAUUGAGGAAUGCAUCCAUGAAGAGCUCAGUUUUCUGAUAGAGAAUAUUAACUCUUUCCAAGGCAAACCUUUUGACCUGCGAACGUUCAACGCCGCUGCAACCAACAUCACUUUUGUUCUGCUGUUUGGGGAGCGGUUUGAGUACAGCAACCCGAUUUUUCUCACCCUUCUAAGACUCAUCGACGAAGUGAUGUGUCUCCUUGGCUCUCCUGCUUUACACCUGUUCAACUUCUAUCCGUUCCUGGGAUUUCUCUUCAGCGUUCACAAGACUUUGCUUCGGAAGAUCGAAGAGGUCCGAGUGAUUAUCAGAGAUUAUAUCAAGAGCAGCAGACAAGAUCUCAAUGCCAACAGCUUCAGGAGCUACACAGAAGCUUUGGUCUUCAAGCAGGAACAGGACAUGAACAAAAGACAGAACCUUUUCCACGAAGAUAAUUUAAUUGCGUCCAUUCUGGAUCUCGUCAUGGCUGGGACAGAGACCACGGCCACAACUCUGCAGUGGGCUGUCCUGCUGGCCAUGAGAUAUCCGGAGAUGCAAAAGAAGGUCCAGGAGGAGCUCGGGCGAGUGGUGAAGCCGGGCCACUGGGCCACUUACGAAGACCGUCGCCACAUGCCUUUCACCAACGCGGUGAUCCACGAAGUGCAGCGUUUCAUCACCCUCCUGCCCCACGUCCCACGAAGCACCUCUGUGGACACCCAUUUCCGAGGCUACUUCCUCCCCAAGGGAACCAUGGUCAUCCCAUCGCUGACUUCGGUCCUGCUUGACCAGAGCCAAUGGGAAACCCCCCACGAAUUCAACCCCAACCACUUCCUGGAUCCCAGUGGGAAUUUCGUCAAGAAGGACGCCUUCGUGCCCUACUCUUUAGGACGCAGGAACUGCAUCGGCGAAAGCCUGGCCAAAAUGGAGCUGUUUCUCUUCUUCACGGGCCUACUGCAGAAGUUCACUUUCCGGCCUCCGCCUGGGCUUACCGAAACAGAUUUGGAUUUGAACGUCCCUAAGACGACCUUCACCCUAAGACCACAACCACAGCAGACCUGGGCCAUUCUCCGGGAGUGAAGAAUACGUCACAUGAGACGAAAGGAGGGGAAAGGACGCUCCUACAGGCUGUGCAUUCUUUCUGUGCACGCUCUUUGUGUGUGUGUGUG